AUAAAGUGAAAACAAUAAAAAUUCUCAUAAUGGCAAAAUUAUUGAUUGUUUUAGCUCUAGCUCUUAUUGCUGUUGUAUUGGCUGUUCCAAAUGGUGGAUAUGGUAACGGUGGAUACGGUCAAGGUGGAUAUAAUCAAGGCGGAUAUGGUCAAGGCGGAUUUGGUCGUAAUGAUGGUCAUGGUGCAGGAGGGUAUGGACAUGUGGGACAUGGUGGACAUGGUAUCGGUCAUAAUGACUUAGGUCAUGGUGGUCCCAUUGGUCACGGCGGUCAUGGAAAUAUCGGUGGACACGGACAUGGUGGAUAUAAUGGCCCAAUUGGUGGUGGCUACGGGGGACACCAAGGACAUGGAGGUGGUCGCCAUUACUAAAUUAUGACAAAUCAGUAUAAUAGAAUAAUUUAAGAACAAAAAAUAAAUAAAUAAA